AUGCGUGCAGCUUACGCGUUCAUAAUGAUUAGGAAGAUAGUAUUAUACGAUUUAUUUAUAGGUAUUGUUGCCUUCCUUGGUGCCACAGACUCUUACCUACUUUCUCAUGCCUAUUUUACUACGUUACUCAAAGGCGCUAGCGCCCAAAUCGUUUUCGGAUUUGAAUAUGCAAUCUUGAUGGCUUUAGUGAUCCAUGUAACCAUAAAGUAUAUUCUUCACAUGCACGACUUGCGAACCGCACAAGCGUGGGAGAACAAAGCUGUUUAUCUGCUCUAUGCGGAACUCUUCAUUAAUCUUAUACGAUGCGUUUUGUAUGGAUUAUUCGCCGCUGUUAUGCUCCGCGUCCACUCGUUCCCGUUAUUCUCAGUGCGACCAUUCUAUCUAUCUCUGCGAGCUUUGCAUAAAGCGGUCAAUGAUGUCAUUUUGAGUCGAAGAGCCAUAAACGCCAUGAACAACUUAUUUCCAAUUGUGUCAGCUGAAGAUCUGGCUACAAUGGAUGCCACAUGCAUCAUUUGUCGAGAUGAAAUGACACCAGAAUCAACACCGAAACGACUUCCCUGUGGGCAUGUCUUCCAUACGCACUGUCUGCGAAGUUGGUUCCAACGACAGCAAACAUGCCCCACCUGUAGGACGGACAUUUUAGCGGCAGCCGGUCAACGUGCAGCAGCAAACGGCGCUGUGCCAGCCGCACAGCCUAACAACGUUCCUGCUCAGAACGGGGCUGUCAACGCUCGUCUACCUCCGAAUCUUUUUCCAUUUAUGGCGCAUCAGUUUGCUGUUCCUCAACCUCGACCACCGACUCAGGACAAUACAGCUCCUGCUGCUGCUGGUGGUGGAGAAGGAGAAGGACGAACCAAUGAUCCGAGAGCGUUCCCAAAUCCGGUGGGUGGAGUGCCUGCUGGUUUUCCUUCAGGACCCUUUCCCGCUUUUCCACCACCAUUUCCCCAAGACAUGCCACAAUUUCCUCCAUUCCCAUUCAUGGCUCCACUACCUCCAUUUCCUAUGGAAAUGCCUCGUCCUCCGCCGCAACUCGAUCAGCUGACCGAAGAGGAUCUACGUGCUAUGGAAGGCCAAAGUCGUGCUGCCUUGGAGCGUCGCAUAAAGAUGCUACAAGAUAUAUCAACGCUGUUGGAUGCGGCUGUCGCGCAAAUGCAUCAGUAUACUUCUAUCUUCGGGUAUCAUUUUGAGCAUUUCCUC